AUGUCACGAACAAAGAAGAGCAAGCCAGGCGCACAACAGCGAGCAGCCAAAGCAGCGGCUGCUGCCACCGAGGCUUCAGCGCCUGCUGAUGCAGCCGCUCCUGCUCCUGCUGCCGACGCCGCACCUGCCUCUGCCCCCGCCGAGUCCUCCACCACCGCCGAAGCAGCCUCGGGCAAGAAAGGCAAGCUCAUCCGACCCCGUGGCAAGCGUGGUGGCAUCAAGCAUCACAAAAAAGGCCCAUCCUCCAAAUCCUCUUCCGUCCAGCAAUCCGCCGUCAAAGAGUCUCGCAAGACCAAAGAGCCCAAACCUAAAACCGCUUCUCAAGACCAGAUCGACUCGUCCGCCGCACCCAUCCCGCCCGCCGAACACGCUUCGAAGAUCGCCAAGUUCCACACGCUGCUGAAGCAGCUCGAGCAAGCCAAAACUUCGGAAGAAAAGGAUGUCAUCCAGGAAGGGCUUGAUUCGCUGGGAGGUCUUGCACAGUAUCAAGCGUGGUCCCUCACCGGAUCGGCGAAGGCGGGUCAGACGCCGACGAGCAAAUGGUGCAUCGAAGCGUUGAACAGCGUCUACGAGCACAGUCGCGAUCUGCCCAAGUUCCGCAUUCUCGAUGUGGGCGCCAUCACAGGAACCGCAUACACCAAGUACCGUUGGAUCGACGCCACGUCCAUCGACCUCCACCCCCAGGGAGAACACGUGGAGAAGUACAGCUUCUUCGACUACCCUUUGCCUACCAAAGAGGAGGACAGGUUCAACAUGGUUGCCUUGAGUCUGGUUGUCAACUUCGUAGGAGACGUGAGGAAGAGGGGGGAGAUGCUGAGACACGUCCACAAGUAUCUGAAGGAGGACGCGGAAGGGUUCUGCUUCUUGGUCCUCCCCCUCAGCUGUCUGACCAACUCGAGGUACAUGAACCAGUCCCACCUGCGCAGCAUCCUCGACUCACUCGGAUUCGAGGUGCUCAAACAGUCCGAUUCGGCACGCCUCUCGAGGUGGCUGCUCAAGCGCAAGCCAUUGGACGAAAGAAGGGCAGCAAAGAAGGACGAACACGCCACCGACGAGUGGGACGGAACCGUCUUCAAGAAACGGGAUAUCAACCCGGGGCAGGAUCGCAACAACUUUGCUAUCGUCGUCGACCCCGUCCCCGACUCCAAGACCGAGUGA